AUGAAAGAUAUAAUAUUGCAAGGUGCCCUCUUGACGGCCCUUGUCGGGCUGGUGGCAGCUGUCCCGACAACGCCCACGGCGAGAUGGUCCAACUCGACCUCGUCGUCCACCAGCAGCAGUCACGCCAGCCCAGCGCCGUCAACGCCAACGGCAAUCGCCGUUUCAGUCCCAAAGACAGCGAGCUCGAAACCGACCGGGUCCAGCAGUGUCCCUCACUCUGUGAUCACGCCAGGCGUGUCGGCUGCAUUGCACAAGCUCGAAGAGCAGCCUGGGUCGUCCAGCGGCGCCGUUCUCUUUUCCUCCUCGGGCGCGUGGUUGACGGUACCGUGUAAUGCGCCAGGAAUGACUGAUAUUCGAUUCGGACCGGCAGAACGAUGGAAGACCGCCGAUGCUCAAGAGGCGUGGGACCAGGCCAUGGCUGGCUUUGUCAAGGAUCUCGAUACCCCUGGGAACCAGAAUCAGACCUUCGACACCUGGGCGUUCAAUGCGUUCCACUCUCGCGACUACCCCAUGUGUUGGAGCUACAUGAGCAGCAACUGCGGCACAGUGACGUGCGACGAAGCAGGAGGGUUGGCCGCGGGCUUUCUGAUCCUGAACUCUCUGGCUGGGCUGCAUAAUGCCGUGAACAUCGCAUAUCAAAGCUUGAUGCUGGCCCAAGAUAUCGUGACGGACAGCAUGGCCAGCUUCGUGAGCACGUUUACCAGUCUCCCCGACCAGACAAACUCGGAGGCCGUCAAAUGGAUCCUGGACUCGUUAUCCUUUGUGGUUGGCAUUGGAUCGGCGUUUUCGUGGAACGUCUUUAUCAAAGAGGCCAAGAUCUUUUCUGAUGACAACUACCGGGGAGCAUGGAAGGAUAUUUUCAACGGCGCCAUAGCCUAUGGGAUCAACUUCGGCAAAGACAGCCUGAGUGCGCCCUCAGACCCGAAAGCCACCCUUUCAGAGGCCUUGACCUCGAUCCAGGGCGAGUUUUUGAAGGCCACCGUUGACAACCUCUCUGGAUUCCUCGAGAACACCAUGGCGGCCGCAGACCAGCAGACUCGAGACUACCUGACAACCAUGGUCCAGAACGGCGAUGCGUACCAGUUCCUGAAUAUGUCGUACCUUGGGAACGGCACUGGGAAGGCCCUGCGAGACGCCACCGUCCAGCUCAUGUGGGGGAGGCUGAUCUCGGUGGCGUGGCAGAUAUCGCCGAAGAAGAUGAACCCGUUCAUCCUGCGUGUCGAUCACCGGGACUAUAAAUGCGGUUCGCCGGUCGAGCACACUGCAGGAGGGUUCCCUCUUGGGGACUAUAUCCUUCCCAGCACCGCGGCGAAGACGCAGUGGUGUGAUCCACAGGGCAACACCUGGUUCCUCCUCAACGCCAACUAUGACUGCGACCACGGCCGCAACACGCCCAACGGGUGCCUUGGGCAGGGCCAGUCGCCGAUUCUCUUCCAGGAGCUGGCUGGCGGCACUACGGACACUCUUGAUGGGAAGCAAUGGGGUGGCAUUACCUUGGAGGAUAUCAUCACCAGCAGCUACGCCGGAUUCCUUGCCAACGGAGGCAAAAACGGCUAUGGCCUGGCCGACAACACCUCGCUCGUCAUCAACAAGGACUGGUCGGGCGUCGUCGACGGCGGACUGCCAUUCAUCGGCGGCAUUCGCACGCCAGGAUUCUUCAACUACACCAUCUGUCUGAAUCUGACUGAAGCGGUGGAGAACAUCGACAAGAAGGUAUGGCCGCCCUGCGGCACCGUGCCCAACUCGGACGGCGUCAGUCCGUCGGUCAAUCAGCAGGGAUACGCCCCGGGCUGGUGUGGCAUCCACAUUUCGCAGUAUCAGAAGAACGACCUGGCCGCCAACCCGCUGCCCGAGUAUCAGGCGGCCAUCAGCAUCUUUGACGGCGCUGGCAAUGCGCUCGCCUAUGCCACCAAGCAGCCCAUCGACCCGGCAAUCAUCAUCAAGAGCAAGCUGCCGUACGACCUGAUCGUUGCCGACAGCAGCAAGGGCGACGACCUGUGCUUCUGGUAUGGCGAUCAGUACUGGUGCACCGACGACACGAACGUCCACCACUGCGUGAUGGGAGGCUGGGAUGGUGCGACCAAGGCGCGCCAGGGCAACUGCGGUUUCUCGUGCCCCAAUCCCACGAGCAACCCGCCCAAGUCGGCGACGGAGCAGGUCCCCAAGGGCGCCGUGACUGCGUACAUGGGCACGGGCACGGCGACAGCGACGGCCGUGCCGCCGGUCAAGACGUAUGCCAAAGGAUCGUGCGGACUGCACGUCCGGCAGUACCAGAAGAACGAGUUCGCCAACUCGCUCAACCCGAGCCCGGACUACGCGCUGGAGAUGGCGCUGUACGACGGCAAGAUGACGCUGAUCGCGUACAUGGAGAAGACGUACGCGCCGCAGGGCCAGUGGCUGAGCGUGCAGGGCCCGCUGCAGUGGCAGGUGCAGGCGUCAACGGGGGCCGUGGACAGCGAUCCGGUGUACAUGCGGUAUGGUGCUCAAUCCUGGAACUCGAACAGCAAGCAGUGCAGUGGCGAUUGGUUCAACAAUGGAUACCGCGAUAUAGCGUGCCGGUUCGACUGCUAG